UUGUGUAUGAAUCGAUUUCUGUUCUGUUUUCUGGAAAAUAGAAAUCAGGUGAAAAUAUCCAAUAAACAAUGAAGGAAUAACAAAUUGCUGCCCAAUCGAUUGUAAAUCUUUCUACGUAGUGCUGUUCGAAUUUGUGUAGCGUUAUAAACUGAGGGCAAAAGCCUUCCGAGCAAGGAUGUUCUCCAUCAAGACUCCCCGAAUCCAGCAGAAAGAUCUGCAGUGUGCUAAUGGCUGCGGAUUUUACGGCAAUGCCCAGUGGAACGGGCUCUGUUCCAAAUGCUAUCGGGAACGAACCAUCAAGGAGCGGCACAUGAAACAAUACCGCCCAAUGAAGCUGGAGGGGCAAAGUUCGAAGAAUCGAGAAUCAUAUUAUCUCGUUCAUCCUGCCGCUGGCCAAAGUAAUCCGGAACUUCAACCGACCCGAAGCUCCCACCAACAUGGCACGGUACAUCAUCAGCAAACGAAAUCUGGGGCAGCUCCCAAGGAGGAAGACAAGAAAAAGAAAAGGAACAUUAUGGAGUUCCUGAAAAAGACUACAUCCGGAAAGGAUUCGGACAAAGGCUCGGCAACGCUCGGUAGUAGCUCCAGGCAUCAUCAUCAUCAACAGCAGCAGCAUCAUCAUUCGCAUCACAACAGACAACCGAUGGACAAACUGGAACAGGAAUAUCAAGAAGCGUUGAAGUCCCUUAAAAUUGAAGACGCAGCCCGAAGAGAGCUGAAGUACUUCAUCGAGAUGUUGGAUCAGAAAAUUCGCAAAAAGCACACCGACAGCAUCGAGGAGGUUUCGGAGAUGGUCCAGAAUGGCUAUACAAAAUUCCAAGAGUAUAUGAAUGUUGAGAAUUCCAAAUUUGCCAACGUGCCCCAGGAAACCAAAGAAAUGGUACUGGACUUUUUCGAGAAGUGCAUCAUGACCAUGAACCACGGACGGCUGUUUUCGCCGCCGUCGACUGAUGACGAGGAGAGCGAUUCCCAGAUUCAGAAACGUAUACGGCAGCUGAACUGGGUCAAUGCAAAACAUUUGCUUUGUAGCAUUGACGAGAUUAAUUCUGAGGUGCGGGAUUUGGUUUACACAGCGAUCACUGAGCUGGUUUCGAUGGAUUCCUUCCAUUCGCCGCAGGAAAAACUAGAAUGCAUUGUUCGCUGCUGCAGGAAUAUAUUCAACCUGUUGAAACAAUCAGGUGGGGGCCCGGCAAGUGCUGACGAAUUUCUCCCGGCCCUCAUCUUCGUGGUCCUCAAGGCUAAUCCGGUUCGGUUGCACAGCAACAUAAACUACAUAACCCGUUUCAGUAACGCUUCCCGGCUGAUGAGCGGCGAGGGUGGUUAUUAUUUCACCAAUCUGUGCUGCGCGAUUUCGUUUAUCGAGAAUUUAACGUCGGAAUCGUUGUCCAUGUCCGCGGAAGAAUUUAACGGACUGAUGACCGGCGAAAAGAGUGGACCGUCGGCCUGGGAAAGCGCCCUGAUGGCGUGCGAAAGUUUGCAUCUGAUUUCGGAAAAUAUGAAAACAAUGAAAAGUUUGGGCGAACGGAAUGAAGAAACUUUAAGAGGAAUAGAACAGUUGAACGAAGAUAUUAAAAAUUUUGAUGAAGAAAUCAAACGCAAGGUAGCUGAAGUCCUGGAACGCACACCACUGGUGCUAAAACCGAUCUGCACUCCGCGACGUUUGGAAACGCGCAGUUCCGCUAAACUGUUGGGUACGCAGAAUCCCACACAAGGUCCCGGCUUCGAGGGAGGCCACUUUCAGUCGAAUCUGGUAGCUGCGAUUCAGGUGAGCGAAGUGGAAGAUACCAACAAUACCAAACAGAAAACCAUCGCUGGUGUCUCAGCCGGUACAGCUCCACAACCAAAUUUUGAUUAUCUAGUAAAAAAUCUCUCGGAAACGCUAGUAGCUCCCCUGGUUCCGAUGGAACUGGACCGGGACUCUCCCCUCGCUCCCUCGCCGUUUUCCGGCUUAAGUGCUAGUAAUUCGGCGGAUCUGCUAUCGGCUUCCCCCGUCUUUGACUAUAACAGAGUAUUCGAUACACAAUCGCUGGACGAAUUGGCAACCCCGGAUGACAUGGCUCACACAUUUAUCAAAGGUAUACGUAACAUAAACUAUGAUUUUGAUUUCUCCGAUCACAGUGGCGAAAAUAGUGUCGCUGAGGAGGUCGAAUUCCAUCCAACCGGGACCACCCCCGCAAAGUUUGAUCUCGAAGAAUUUGAUCCGUUACUCAGCAAAAACCGCGUAGUAAAACCAACUUUACCGCUACAAAAUACCAUACAACAAACAACUAUAGAUCCUUCUCUUGAUCCAACUUCGGCUAACAAUCUACUUGAUGAUGAUUCACCGCGGGCGCUGCUACUCGAAUCGCCAAUUAAGCCCACCAAUGCACAAUAUCAGGGCUUUUCCCUACAGGGUUUCAAUAUUCCUAACAUAUCUUGUGCAGCGGGGGGUGACACCGGAACUGGACCGGGACCGAUUGCGGGUAGUUCCUCUUUGGCGAAAUACCCUGGCCCCGGUACAAGCGCUCCGGGUCCUACAACCGAUGGUAGUCUAAUCUAGACUCGCUUGCUGCUGGCUGCUGUGAGCAACGCUCAACAUUGGUGCAAUUGUAUGAUAUACGUUAUGUUAAAUAGGUUAUGAAAUGUGUAUAUUUCUGCAGAUGUAACUGUGUUGUGUAUCACUGUUUCUAUCGUAUAUUACAAAAUUUAGCAUGAUUAUAUUUCCACGUUCUGA